AUGGCCGUGGAGGGCAGGUCCCGGCUCAGAGAUUCCCCAAACAAGUCCAGUGAGCAUAGUGGUGUGGCGGAUGGUCAAGUGAGGCAUCGUUAUCGGGGGGUCACUUCCCCUAAGGGGAGAACUAGGAGCCACUACCCAACCGAGACCUCCCAUCACAAGAAUAAUAAGGGAGCCAAGGAGCGUCUCUUCUCUUACCUCAGCCUGGCCAAUGUAAAGGUUGGGCUCAACCUGGUGAUUGCUGCUAUAUUUGGUCUUUUGCACUGGAGUUACAUAUCAACACUUUUUGAGAAUGACCGUCAUUUUUCUCACCUUUCAACAUUGGAACGAGAAAUGGGUUUCCGCACUGAAAUG